GUUAUACCCACCCGCAAUACACAACAUGAAGCACUUCCUCGCCCUCCCAGCGCUUCUCCGAGGCUCCGUCCUUCUGGCAUUGGCCUCUCAGCACAGCUUCAGCGUGCAAGACGACAUCUUCGCCUUUCCUCAAUACGAAGUCCGCUUUGCAGAUGAAUGGAUACCGGCCGAUCAGGUGCCGGCGCGACUCGCCAGCAAUGCAAAAGGAAGCACUUCUCGAACGAGCGAGAGGAGCGAGGAGCAGGCGCGAACUUAUACACAGGUCGGGCAAUACAGACAACAACAGCCGCUGGUCGGUGGCGGUCACGACACCACGAUAGCACACGAUGAUACCGAAUACGAGCAUGAGCGCAUGGUGCUCGAUGGUCAGCCAUGGCUGUGCCGCAUUCCCAAGGUGAAGACUGCUGCUACGGCAGGCUCCGCCAACGAGACCGUGUCGCAGGCCGAACAAGACAAGGAGUUGACGCGCGCCCUUGAUCGGGGAUGGGAGUUGCUAUCAGGCAUGGAGGGCAACUGCGUCUUCUUCAUCAGUGGCUGGUGGAGCUACCGCUUCUGCUACAACCAAGGCAUCAAGCAGUUUCACCAGCUCUCGCCGAGUCGAGGCGUGCCCGUGUAUCCGCCCGUCGAGGAUGCUGGUGUUCCUGGCUUUAUGCUCGGCACGUACGCGAAACGACUUGAUGCGGAUGACACAGGCCAUACACGGGACUGGGAUGGAGAAAGUGCACUGGAGAAGAGCGAAGGCGCAAAGAGGUUCCACAGUAAGCAUGGUGAGCUAGUCCAGCGUGGCGAAAGCAGAUAUCUCGUGCAGAAACUUGGUGGCGGCACUGUUUGCGACCUGACAGGCAAGGAGCGCAAGAUUGAAGUACAGUUCCACUGCAGCCCGCAAGCAGUGGAUCGCAUCGCUUUGAUCAAGGAGACCAGUACCUGUGCGUACCUCAUGGUGAUCCAGACACCACGUCUGUGUAACGACGUUGCCUUUCUCCCACCACAAAAGGAUCAUCCCAACUCGAUCGCAUGUUCGCCGAUCCUUCGAGAUGAACAGGUCGCGGCCUACGAGCAGGAUAUUGAAGCCUUGAAAGCUGAAGAGCGAGAGGUCAAAGAAUGGCUGGCUAAUUCAGAAAACCGGGUGGCCACUGCAGCAGCCAUGGCAGGGAUUCCAGAGGCCAUUGUUGCAGGAAUUACAGGAGCGGUUUCCGAGGGCGCUGUGCUUCCCGUGGGUGAUGUCUUCGUUGGCGGGCAUCGACUCGUGCCAGAAGGCGUCAAGAUAGAGAAAAGUGCGAUAGUAGGAGGCGGGAAGGAGACGUACAUCGACACACUUGCGGACUCGGAGGGCAAAAUCAUCAGCAAAGAGGAGUUGGAACGGCUCGGUGUCAGCGACCCCAAGGCGGUCGAAAAGCUGAAGAAAGAGAUGGAACAGCUUGCGCAGGGCCAGGCCUGGAAGCUCGACGUCAUUGACACACCGCGUGGGAGAGAGUAUCGUGGAAUCAUAGGAGAAGGUGAGGAGGAGGGCGCCAUGGAGCAAGAUAGUACACAGGAGGAUAGUUCGGGUACUGCAAAGGGAGACGGCGUCAAGGCCCAGCAAGGGGAGAAGAAGCAGGGUGGAAAGACGGUCGGUGCUCAGCAUGGCAAUAAGAAGCUAGCCGGCACUCAACAAGGGAAUCAGGGGCAGGCCGGGAAAGCAACCGGGAGUCAGCAAGACACGAAGAAGAAGCAGAAGAAGAAGACCGAGGAGGAGGAGAAGAAGGCCAGCCAUGUCCGGAAGCAAGACGACGACGAAAAAGAUGAUCAGCUUGGUAGUGAGGAGGAAUUUUACAAAGAUGAGUUAUGAUGCGCCAUCUGUGGUCUACAGACCUCGGAGGAUCUACAAGAACGAAGAUAGAAGAGCCUCACCAAUUUCAAUAUUGCGCUCGCAGGAGCAUGUGUUGCUACUACUAUGACAAGCGCGUGCUCGUUCGGAAGACGGAGUGCAAGCCUUGUGUCGGCUGCAGAUGUCUGUGAGCCCAUCAAAGUCUGUCUCGGUACGCUACCUCUGGGUGUCUGUCAUCAAAUCCGACGACUCUCCUCUAGGCCGACUCUGCUACUGCUGCCAAAGCUGCUUUCCUUUGGAAUCACCACCACCGCAGUGGACUUGGCGAGGUGGAAUGCUACCACAAGAGGGUUGAGAGCUGGAUUGAUUCAAUGCAGUAGCCGCGUCGGGAUCAUACGAGAGAGGAAGUAGCCAGAAGGAGAGAAGUAUUGCAGUCAUAUUUUGCAGCUUUCUACCUGCUCCUCCUCCUCCUACUCCUCACGCUUCUCCCACGCCGGAUUCACGCGCGCCCGCCGGUUGACCCUCGCAGCCUCUGACCUACCCAUUUAACGCUGCUCUUCAUUUCUGUCAGCCACUCUUGCUUCCUAUAUUGUGAAACCGG